AUGAUCAACGACCGACCCCUGGUGUACCUGGACAACGCGGCCACCAGCCAGAAACCCCAGGUGGUCAUCGACGCGCUGGUCAACUACUACAUGACGGAAAAUUCCAACGUUCAUCGCGGAGUCCAUACCCUGAGCCAAAGGGCCACCGAUUCCUACGAAGAAGCUCGGGUCAAGGUCCAGCGGUUCCUCAACGCCGCCGAUGAUAAGGAGAUUAUCUUUGUCCGGGGCACCACCGAGGGCAUCAACCUGGUGGCCCAGACCUACGGGCGGCAGAACGUUGGCGAAGGCGACGAGAUUAUCAUCUCGGCCAUGGAGCACCACUCAAACAUCGUCCCCUGGCAGAUGCUUUGCCAGGAAAAGGGCGCUCACCUCAAGGUUGUGCCCAUCAAUGACGAAGGAGAAUUUCUUCUGGACGAGUACGAGAAUCUGCUCAGUCCCCGCACCAAGCUGGUGUCCAUCGUCCACCAGUCCAACGCCCUGGGCACCAUAAAUCCCGUGGAGCAGAUUGUGGAACUGGCCCAUGCCAGGGGUAUUCCCGUGCUGCUGGACGGGGCCCAGGCCGUGGCCCAUGUCCCCAUCGACGUGCAGCGGAUUGGUUGCGAUUUCUACGUCUUCUCGGGUCACAAGCUCUACGGCCCCACCGGUGUGGGAGCUCUCUACGGGCGGGCCGAUUUGCUGGACGCCAUGCCUCCCUACCAGGGCGGCGGCGAGAUGAUCCGCUCCGUAACCUUUGAGAAGACCCUGUACAACGUCAUCCCCAACAAGUUCGAGGCGGGCACCCAGAACAUCGCGGGGAGCGUUGGUCUCGGGGUGGCAAUUGACUACGUCAACAACCUGGGUAUGGACAACAUCGCCGCCUACGAGAACGAACUGCUGGCCUACGGCACCAAACGGUUGUCCGAAAUUGAAGCUGUUCGGCUCAUCGGGACCGCCCGACACAAGGGCAGCAUUCUGUCUUUUGUUAUGGAGAAUGCCCACCCCCACGACGUGGGCACCAUUCUGGACGCCGAGGGCAUUGCCGUCCGCACCGGCCACCAUUGCGCCCAACCCCUGAUGGACCGGUUCGGCGUGCCGGCAACCGUGCGCGCCUCGCUGGCCUUCUACAACACCAGGGAAAGAAAUUGA